AUGGCUUUCCGUGCAUACACGCCAUGUAUACGAGGUGUCGCUAGCAAGACUUUAGGCCAGGGCGUCGAAUGGUCGACUGAAAAGAGGCGUGAAGUAGAAGGUGACUGCUUCGUCUGCUACAAGGAGCUCCGCGCGGGCGUAGACGAGCCUACAUUCUGCGUCGACUCGUGCGGGGCCAAUUUCCACUGGUCAAGUCUGCAAGAUUGGAAGGAACAAACACCCGUUGCCGCGACCAGGUGCCCUCUCUAUCAACAUGUCUGGAAUGACCCAACUUUUCAACAACAGUCAUUGCCCGACGUCAGCGAGCGCAAUUUCUACACAUACUCUAAUUGGCUCUACCGCAGCGAAAUCAUGAUGGGGGGCGAGAAUACCAACGUGUGCUACAACAAUCUGGUUGAAUCCUACGUCACUGGACAAGCGCUGCACGAUGAAAAGUUCUGCAAGUCUGUUCUACGGGCUUUUGUCGAACUGUGCGUUGACGAUCGCAGAUUUCCAGGCUCAGCGGUCAUACAGAUGGCGUAUGCAAUGACCUCUGGACCAUGCAGCCUUAGAUGGCUUCUGAUUGGGCUGUAUAUGAGGCUGGAUCUCGAAGAGGCCUGUAUUUCGUUCACUUUAGAGAAACAACCGGUCCAGCUCCUGCGUGGUCUGUCCUUUGCUCUUCUGGAGGAGUCACCCACCUAAAGUACAGCUUGGAAGAUGGAGUACCUCUUGGAAAAACUUCUGUUGGAAGGUUCUUUGGAUGACGACGAAGAUGGCGACGAAGAUGAAGACAAAGAUGACGACAAAGAUAAUCCGGAAGAGAAGAUCUGAUGAAAAAAGGUGAGAUUGCACCGAAGAAGAGGAUCUAGGCGGUAUACGCUGCAUCAGCUACUACGAUGGAUUGAGGGAGUUGGACGAAGACAGCCAGUACACGGUUGCUUUACGAUGUGUUAGUCUGUGGAGGCAUGUUCUUUGAUCUUUGAGCUUACCGAAGGAUGGCAGACCCUGUGCAGCUGCAUCGUUCGAUCAUUUCUUUCUUUCAAGCCUUGUCUCUUCCUGCGUGAGCGCACUACAACUUUGCGAGA